AUGCCGACAUCCCGGUAUUUCGCCCAAGCCCCAGCCUUCCCCACCGAUACUCCAGUCGCUAGUCUGCUGUCUAUCUCUCUUCAAGGUCUACAGAAUGGGAGCUCCACCGAAUGGCAGAAAUUGUUCAACGCAUGUAGAGAAUGGGGAUUCUUUCGGAUAGACCUGAGAGAUUCCCAUGACCGAACGACAUUGUUACAAGGAUGCGGAGAGGAUGUUCGAUCUCACUACAGAACUCUUCGCUCUGGACCAGCGACCCUGGAUCGAUAUGCGUGCGAUGCGCCGAGGGAUCUCACUGGGUAUAAAAGCAUGGGCCGAUUGGAGACCGACGAUGGCAAAACAGACCACAUGCAUCUGUACUCUAUCAAUCAAGAUAGCAUUCCAGGAAAUUAUCCUCCACGGACUAAUGCCGGUCCAAUCGAGCCCAAGCGUUCACAACUCCAAGCGUUUAUUUGA